ACGUCGGCGCGGUCACGUGCCUCGCUGCAGUCACCUCCUUCCUCCGGAGUGUCAGUGCGCUCCAAGAUGGCGGUAGAGGUCGGCCGGACUCGUGUUAGCCGGCACUGAGUGCGGAGAGAAAGGUCAAGCUAACUGAGACAGAGAGGGCUGCGGGAAGAGGACGGACCCGCGCCUUGGCGCCACAGGGAUAGCGAGGUGCCCUUGAGGAAGACGGAGGAGGACAAGGAGGAGAGAGGGAAGAGGUGGCCGGCCGGGGCCAUGUUCUCGGUACUCUCCUAUGGCAGGUUGGUGGCCAGAGCGGUGCUCGGAGGACUCUCACAGACCGACUCCCGGGACUACAGCCUGGUGACCGCCAGCUGCGGCUUCGGGAAGGAUGCCAGGAAGGGGAUCCUAAAGAAAGGCAUGUGCUACGGGGACGACGCCUGCUUCAUCGCCCGGCACCGCACCGCCGAUGUCCUGGGUGUGGCUGAUGGAGUGGGUGGCUGGAGAGACUAUGGGGUUGACCCCUCUCAAUUCUCAGAGACUCUUAUGCGCACAUGUGAACGUUUGGUUAAGGAAGGACGGUUUGUGCCAACCAAUCCUGUUGGGAUUCUCACCUCCAGUUACCGUGAAUUGCUUCAGAACAAAGUACCUUUACUAGGAAGCAGCACUGCUUGUCUAGUGAUUCUCGAUAGAACAAGUCAUCGAUUACACACAGCAAACUUGGGUGAUUCUGGGUUUCUAGUGGUACGAGCAGGAGAAGUUGUACAUCGGUCAGACGAACAGCAACAUUACUUCAACACUCCAUUCCAGUUGUCAAUAGCACCGCCUGAAGCUGAGGGAGUUGUUCUUAGUGACAGCCCUGAUGCUGCAGACAGUAGUUCAUUUGAUGUCCAGCUCGGUGACAUCAUUCUUACAGCCACUGAUGGACUUUUUGAUAACAUGCCUGACUACAUGAUUCUUCAGGAGUUAAAAAAGUUAAAGAAUGCAAACUAUGAAAGUAUACAGCAGACAGCCCGCAGCAUUGCAGAGCAAGCUCAUGAUCUAGCCUAUGAUCCCAAUUACAUGUCGCCAUUUGCACAAUUUGCAUGCGAUUAUGGACUGAAUGUCAGAGGAGGAAAGCCAGAUGACAUCACUGUUCUUCUUUCGAUUGUAGCUGAAUAUACAGACUGAGAUGCCUGAAACAUCUGCUACAAAUUUUAUUUUUGUAUUCCUGUACAAUCCUAGGACUAAUGAUUUGUUGCACUGUAUCCUGCUGGCAGGACUGCAAUUUACUUUUCAGUGUAUUUUCAAAGGCCUGUUCUGAAAGUAAUGAAAUGCUGUCCACAAAUGAAGACUGGGGUCUUCAUAGGAACCACUACUGUCUAAUGCUUAGGUAUUGCUUACAGAAGGGACUUGCCUCAAAUGCUAUAUUCCAAUUCUAGUCUUAUACACUUGCAUGCUUUGGGGGGUGUAGGCACAUAUGUAACAGUGUGUUUGCCUCAUGACUUGUGUGCUGUGCAGCAACAACACUGAGCCUUAUUUAUCAGUUAUUUCAACUGUGUUGCCCUAGAGAAACCCACUUGAUCCAAAUAUACAUGUUGCUGCUGGCGUUUUUACAGCACAGGUGUAACUUUUGGAAUUUGGCAAUAGGGAAAUACAAACAGUACAAAGUUCACAAUUUUUCAAUAAGUGGGGCUCGCUACUGGGCUGUAUUAUGUAAACUGGGACAACUAGAACAAAAGUGGAGGAGUUGCCAGAACAACCAAUCACUACAUAUUAAGAUUACAUUCAUCAAGUUACCGUGUACCACUUGACCAGUUUUCCUAACAGUCCUUAUGAUCAAAUAUCAUUUCUGUACCAAAGCUGAUAAGUUACACUGGGAUCGUAAGCUCGGAAUAGUAGGCUGCACCUCAGUUCCCAAGGAAGAAGGAAACCUUCAUGUAGAGACUUACUGCAACAUCUAUUGCUGAUGUCCUUGUAUAGAUAGUUACUUGACUGCGAUACUUUCCCUAACUGACCUGAAACAAGCAUGCAGAUCGUACAAGUUAGAGUGAAGUUAGAACUCCAGAUCGGAAUAAUCAGUCAUUCACAAAGAGUAUUGAAGCUGUCAGAUCAGCAUGACAGGCAGUGAGCUAGUAUUUCUAAGAAUAAGUCAUCAGUAGCAGCCUCCACACAUCCUCAGUACAGACCUAUAAAGGAAAUCUAUCAGAAUUAAAUACUGGGAGCUUUAAUUUCACUAGUUGUAAAGGUGCUUACUCGUAGACUAAUCCUUAUUUUACUUACUGGUGGGUCACUACCACAAAACAAGCAUGUGCACCUCUGACAUCAGGACACCUUACAAUACAGUACACGUUCUUCUCACAGAUCCAUGAUUCAUCAAGUCGUAAAAUAAAAAUUGUAAUAACAGCCCAGAAAUAUGCAUCCUUCUAAAACUAGUUAUCAAUGGCGGUUCCAUAUUUCUGUCAUGAUUGGUUCCUUUAAGUUGCCUUGCUAAUUUAGUAAGGAAUGCAGACUGUACAGCAGGUAUGCAGUCAGUGUUCCUGAAUAUAUGCACGUGUAUGACACGCACACGUCAAUUGUCGAUAAGUCGGUGAGAAGCCAGUGCACUGCAGAAUAACUGCACCGCUGCAUAAGUGUGUGUGUGUGACCCACCAUGUGCAGAUUCAAUCUAAUACAUGUUGAUUUUUGUAAAAAGCAUUGUUAAUUUUAUGGAGAGAAAAAAUUCAGUGCUUUUUACAGUAAUGUAAAGUGUUCUAUUGCCAAAAAGCACACUUGGAAAACCUCAAAGGCUAUUAGAAAUAGUUUUCAUGUUUUAUAUUUUGAUCGAUUUGAUGUUUCUGAAGUUGAACGAAACUUCAGUUUGGCUACCAUCCUAAAUCACAUGACCUUGGCUAGAAACCUUUGAUAUACUGAAUUGUUGUAUAAUACACGGAGUUCCUUCCAGUGUUAUGUAAUCGCUAACUUGACUUAAAGCCAUGUUUAUAUAUGUGUUAUAUACAGAUUUGUAUAUAAUAUAUAUUUUGGGUAACAUUAGUGAUUGUGCAGUGAAGAUGUAUUUGUCACUGAUCUAUUUUGGAAGUAACUUUCUUAUCAAAAUAUUCUUAUUGGAUUUAAGUUUGCUUCUCAAAAUUAUUCUUUGACUGUACCUUUAUUGCAUUUUAUGUGCUGUGUGUGUGUGUUACCUCAUAUUGUACAUAUUUUUUUUUUUCACGUUUGUGAAAUUGUACUGUAUAUUUGCAUACCCAUGUCAAGCGCUUUAUUUAAACAUGUUUUUAACAUGUACCAUGUACAUGUAAUGUUGCACAUCAUGCUUGUAACAGGCAUUGAUUUCAUAAUGAUGAGAGGUUAGUUUGCAAGCAGUCAAAAAAAAAUUGUGUUCUCUUGCUAAUGUGGUAUGUUGUCCACCUGAGGUCACCUUAAAUGACUUUGGAUAUUGCCUUAACUGCUGAAAACUUGAUAAAGCAGCAAAAACCAGCAUAUGAAAUCACAAAGAACAUGGUUUUUACAUUUCUUUGGCUUUUUAACAAGCCUUAUAAUUCUCAUCUGGAUGACUUAUUAAAAAAGAAAAAAAAAUGCC